CCUCACAAUUUUUUUAUUUUUUUUAAAUUAUAUAAGAUAGGGUAACCUAUUUAAUGUUGUCUUCAUGUUUUAGGAGUGCUUCAAAAAUUUUGAUUGCUUUCUUGGAAGUUGAAUCAAUUGAGUUGGCCAAUCUGUAUUUUUCAGAAUGCUCUGUUCAAUUUUUAGGGUUAUGCAAGUAGUUGAUCCCUUUUCAUCCAUCAGUGUCCUGAUUUCUAAUUAUUCUUUACUUGUUAUUUGAGAUUUUGUCACUUCAGAUCUCCUUAUGCUCAUAAUUUAUUAUUAUUUUUGAUCAAGCUUUCAUUUCCAUAUAUAUUAAACAUAAAUUUGCAUUUAUCUAGAAAUUCAUUUCACUUGCAAAUUAGGAUAGAAUUUGGAUCUUUGAGUUCCAUUCUAAUGACCUUGCCAAGGACACAUGCUAUGUCCUUUACAAAUUAACAUGCUUGACAAAUCUCUGAUGUUCUUCAUUAGGCACAUGCAAAAGAAGGAAGACAUAUCAUAUGUGAAUAUUUUUCUAAACAUGCUAAUGAAAAGAUAGUCUAGUGUGAUAUGUAUGGGGUUAAGUGGACUGAGGACAAGUGAAAGCUCAAAUGACAAGUUGAGGCAAUAAGAAUAAUAUUCUUUUAGAAGUAGCAAGGAUUACAUGUUGACCCAAGUAAUUGUGAGUUAGCUUCAUAGAGUUUUGGGAUAUAUUAUACUUUAGUUCAUUAAUGUUUUGGUUUCUUGAAGUUUUUUUUUUUUGUUAUUGAUGCAAUUUUUAAUACUGAUUGGUCAAUAAUAUAGAAUUCCUACACUGGAUAUGGACCUUUAAUGAAGUUUUAAAGUGGGAUCAAUUUAUUCCAAGUAUUGAGUAAUACUUCUUCCCUUUGUCAACAUUUCCACUUAGUGAGAAACCUUGGCAAGCCGGUGGAUCUUGCCGGAUAGUAUUACAAAGAUGGGGCUGAUGAGGUUAGUUUCUUGAAUAUUACCGGUUUCCGUGCCUUCCCUCUAGGUGACUUGCCAAUGCUGCAGGUAUUGAGGUGUGCGUCAGAAAAUGUUUUUGUACCAUUAACAGUUGGAGGUGGUAUCAGAGAUUUUACUGAUGGAAAUGGCAGGCGCUAUUCUAGUUUGGAAGUUGCUUCAGAAUAUUUCAGGUCAGGUGCUGAUAAGAUUUCUAUUGGAAGUGAUGCAGUUUAUGCAGCAGAAGAAUAUUUAAGAACAGGAGUAAAGUCUGGGAAAAGCAGCUUGGAACAGAUUCCUAGAGUCUACGGGAACCAGAUAUGGACUAGCACAUUGCAGAGAACAAUUUUGACAGCUGGUUCAAUCGUUGGAUUUCCAAAGGUUGGUGUCAGAAAAAUGUCCUAUUUUCUAGUUAAGGUAGUUAGAAGUGUAGUCAUGCGUGUUUAUGGACAUGAGUUUGCCGGUGCAUUAAUUCUAAGUUGUGCUUAUACAUGAAGUUUUUGAUAUAUUUUGCAUCAGACAAAUAUGACACGCACUUGGAUAUGAAUGGUUUUUGAAAUCUUUGAUGGUUUUGUUAAAUAUGUUUUCGAUGUGGUGAAUUCAUUGUAAACUAAAUGGAUGGAUGGAUGGAUGGUUAUUUUGUAAACUAAAUGGAUGGAUUGAUGGUUAUUUUGUCAAAUAUUAAUGUGUUCAUGUU